AUGUCGUUGAAAACACUUCCUCUUCUCUUUAUUAAUCUUGGAGGUGAAAUGAUAUACAUCCUGGAUCAACGAUUGCGUGCUCAAAAUAUAGCAGAAGAAAAAUCAAGAAAAGUGCUUCAUGAUAUAAUAGCCACAAUGUUCAAUCAGCGAUUUAUAGAUGAAUUAUUUAAGCCUCAGCCAUUGUAUUCCAAGAAAGCCAUGCGAACUGUGUUUGACCGACUGGCACAUGCAUCAAUCAUGAGAUUAAAUGCUGCCAGUAUGGAUAAGCUUUAUGAUUUAAUGACUAUGGCAUUUAAGUAUCAAGUAUCCCUCGCCCUGCGCCCAAAGGACAUUCUCCUGAUCACAUUUAACCAUGUGGACGCCUUGAGAUCUUCUACAGAGGAGGGUGAUAAUGUUCGGAAGCAAGUAGAGCAUGUCUAUGACAAGCUGACAGAGACGUAUGCAUCCCUCUCACAUGGCGAGUUUCAGCUGAUUAGACAGACAUUACUUAGUUUUUUUCAAGACAUGCAUAUUAGGGUUUCUAUUUUCCUAAAGGAUAAAGUUCAGAACAAUAGUGGCCGGUUUCUCAUAACCCCUGGAGGUACUUUACCUUUUGGUACUGAAACACCUGGAACAAUCCGAUUGUUUAAUGAGAAUGGAAAAUCUAGAAGCAUCAGCUUCCAUAAUGGUGCCAGCUACAAUGCUGCAACAAAGGAAGGAUCAUUCGAUGUCAGCGGAGAUCGUGUCACACAGCUUGGAAGCAAUAUGUAUUCUUUGUCCAGGCCAGCAGAUACCAGCACAGGGACUAGCAUGAAAUCUGUGGUACAAGGAAGUGAUGUGGAUGUCACCAGCCCUGAUCCACUUGCUAAAGCCCAUCUGGAUCUUUUGGCACAACUGAUUGGGGCUAAUCUCACAACAAAUGAAUUCAGAUUGAAUCUCUUCACAAAUGACAGAGAAGAAGAAGAAGCCUCUACUACAUCACUACAGCUAGUUGAAGCAGCUGAGCCCGAAGUGGUAAAAAUAGAUGCCUCAAAGACAACAAAGAGCAGUGAGCUGACCAAGAUAAUUGGUGAAAUGACAUUGGAUCAGACUGAAGUUGGAGGGGAUGACAAUGACUUGCUUGACCUCAUGGAUAGCUGA